UUGCAUUGUCAUCAGAUGGGCGUGGUGCAUCGGGAUUUAAAGCCAGAGAACCUCUUGCUGGCCUCCAAACUGAAGGGAGCUGCUGUUAAAUUAGCUGACUUUGGUCUUGCUAUUGAAGUGGAAGGAGAACAGCAGGCUUGGUUUGGUUUUGCAGGCACUCCAGGUUACCUUUCUCCUGAAGUGCUCCGGAAGGAUCCCUAUGGCAAAGCUGUUGACCUUUGGGCAUGUGGAGUUAUUCUCUAUAUUCUACUGGUUGGCUAUCCUCCUUUCUGGGAUGAGGAUCAACACCGAUUAUAUCAGCAGAUCAAAGCUGGAGCCUAUGAUUUUCCUUCUCCUGAGUGGGAUACCGUUACUCCUGAAGCAAAAGACCUCAUCAAUAAAAUGUUAACAAUCAACCCAUCCAAACGUAUCACAGCAGCAGAAGCUCUGAAGCAUCCAUGGAUAUCACACCGUUCCACUGUGGCUUCUUGCAUGCACAGACAGGAGACCGUGGAUUGCUUGAAGAAAUUCAAUGCCAGAAGAAAGCUAAAGGGCGCAAUCCUCACUACAAUGCUAGCGACCCGUAAUUUUUCUGGUAGGCAACCCAACUCUAGCCCUGCAGCUCCAGCCAUCUCUCGCUCAGGCUUGUGCAGUGCUGCCACCAGGAAAAGCGGUGGCAACAAGAAGAAUGAUGGUGUGAAGAAAAGAAAGUCCAGUUCCAGCGUUCAGUUAAUGGAAUCUUCAGAGAGUACAAAUACCACCAUUGAAGAUGAAGACACUAAAGUACGGAAACAGGAAAUCAUUAAGGUGACAGAGCAGCUGAUUGAAGCAAUAAGUAACGGGGACUUUGAGUCCUACACUAAAAUGUGUGACCCUGGAAUGACGGCAUUUGAACCAGAAGCUCUGGGGAACCUGGUGGAAGGGCUGGAUUUUCAUCGAUUCUACUUUGAAAACUUGUGGUCCAGGAACAGCAAGCCAGUGCACACAACCAUCCUGAAUCCACAUAUCCACUUAAUGGGAGAUGAAUCUGCCUGCAUUGCUUACAUUCGUAUCACACAGUAUGUAGAUACAAGUGGGAUCCCACGCACUGCCCAAUCGGAGGAGACUCGAAUCUGGCACCGCCGGGAUGGCAAAUGGCAAAUUGUUCACUUCCACAGAUCUGGAGCACCUUCGGUUUUACCACAGUACAAUAUGACCCUUUCCAUGCAAAGUAGAGCUGCGCCUAUUCAUUUGGCCGCUAUAGACGGCUGAAGCACAUGCCCUGCAGGCCAGGUUUCUCACUGCCUCACUACAAAAGGAAGAUACUUGCUAUCCUUUAUCUAGGGAACUUGGCAGCUGGCUCUCCUAUUUGUUUCUUGCUGGAAUUCCUUUCACCCUUGGAACUCCUUACCAAAAUAAACUGAGCAUUCAAUAGACUUUCUCCUCCUGUUUCACCUGGUUCAUGUUUGCUAUUCUGUGCCAUCCUAGUAGAAGACAGCAUGUGUCAUGGCCCUGUUGCAGGAAACAGCUUUCUGUAUACAACAAGAAACCAAUCUGGAAGAGGCUGAGAUAAAGCCUUCAUCAAAUAAAAAAA